CUUACCAUUAUUGUGGAUACUUUGUCUCGCGAUUCGGUUGUCGGCGUGAGGUUGGCUGUAUUCGAGGGGAUGCGUUAUCUCAUAGGUGUACCAGCAUGUUUGAAUGCAGCUGAACAUGCUCUCAAAUGUAUAACACUUAAUGGCAUCAAUGACAAAAAUGAGCGAGUGAGAGUGGCAGCUUUUCAGAUGCUAAAAAUGCUCAAAGGACAUCGGUAUAUAAGGGUGGGCACCUUUAAACUUGUAAUGAAAAAUGUUGAAAGUGUGCGCCGUGAGAUUGUCCCUCUCAUCUUCAAGGUAUUUUUAAAGUGUUACUUCUCGAAUUUCGGUGCGCGUCUUCCCUUCUUGCGCUCUCGAGAACUAAUCUCCAGAACGAGAGAGGCGUUGAUGGAAACAAAGUACGCUGUCGAGAAACAGAAACUCGACAACUUAGAAACGAAAGUUUUCAAAAAAUUGUUCCAGUGUUUCAGAAAUACAUCGCUUAUUGGAACCACAAUGUUAAUUGGGAGCAUGUUACCACCAUCGUCGAUGGACAGCAUUACCCAGUCGGUUCUGUCUUUAUUAAAUGAGAAAGUAGUUGAUGAAUCCGUGAUGGAGCCGUAUUUGGAGGCCACAGCGCAGUGGCGAAUAGAACACCUCUUCGAAAUCAUUAAUUUGGACACUUCCAAUGACGAUCCGCAAUGGCCUCCUCGCGCUUAUAUACCUCCUGCCCCGCCCUUCGAUUCCCAUCCAUCCGAUCGAUCCAUCCUUCAUGUCUAG